CUUUUUUAGUGAAAAUGAGCUAGAUAUAAUAAGGAUGGUUUUUAUGUUGAGUUAAACUUUAAGACGGGUCCUUAUUCCUGCUAAAAUGGUGAUACAAAACUACAACUACAAGCAUCUGUUGAGAUGGCAGAACAUCAUUGCUACGUUUGGUCGAGCAACAUGGAGCCAAAAAUACGACAUGAGAGUCAUCGAGCACAAGUACAAAGAGAAGGACGCAGCCACCCUUUGGAAAUUUAGGAAUGAAGAAGAUGUAGAUAAGUUCUACACACUGGACGACAACAUGACUGGUGGCAGAUCUCUGGUGGAACUCUCAACCUCCCGAGGAGGCAGACUUCAUAUGAAGGGAAAGAUCGACCCCACUCCGUCCUACUACAACGAACAUUCCCGGCCCUGGGACGCAACUGGGUACGCUGGAAUCAGAUCUUAUCCGUUCUGGAACACGUGGGGAGAUCUUGAGCUGAGUGAGAGAACUACUGAUCUCCACCGGUGGCACCAGUUCGAGUUCAGGGUCCGUGGUGACGGCAGACCUUACCGAAUACAGUUAUGGUUCAAGUCAAGAUUGGGAGAUCCUCAACAGGAGGGAACUAAGUUUUGGGCAGCACAUCUUCAGACUAGAGGUGGGCCUUACUGGGAGAGGAUAAAGAUCCCGUUUAACCGGUUUUACCCCGUGAAACACGAGCAGAUUGCUGGUAUUCUUCACAAGCCGGCAACUAUGAGGCUCUACUCCAUUGGAUUCUUUACGGACCAGCAAACUCCUGGAGAUUUUAGUCUGGAGAUUGACAGUAUCAGGGCUUUGAACACAUUUGUUGACGAGGACACAUUGUACGGCCCAGAGUCAAUCUGGAAAUGGACUGGCAACCAAUCGGUUACACAAGAUCAGGAAAUAUUGGGCAAAUACAGAAAGUCACGUGUGUACAGUAAACACGACCACAUAUUGUUGGAGUAACACAGCUCACUUGAAGUGGACAGACGGAGAUCAUUCUAGAAUGAAGACCUGCUGGUUUAAAACAAUUUGAAUAAUAAUGUGUAUGAGUAAUGCGAGUAAUCAUGAUUGAAACUGAGCUUAAGAUUUCCGACUCGACAUGAAGGGAUAUCCAGACUGAUUUCGGGAAUUAAGUUUUUGAUAUCAAGUCAAAGAAGCAUAAUAUUAUCGUAAGUCUAUUUUGUCUCAUCCUUCAUUCAUUUACAGACGGCUCUUCUUUAUAAAGGUUUCUAUAUCAAAGUUGUCAGUGUACUUAUUAUUUAUUACUUUUUAUUUUUGAUAAUUUAUUGACCCUCAG